AUAAAAAAGGAGCAACGGUAGCUGAGCCCCCCCCCCCUCUCUCUCAAAACGAUCGAUAUUUUUAUUCGUUGCGGUCUGUGAUUACGCACGGGAAGAGGACAAAAGUUUUGCCCAUCAACGGCAGAACGGAACGAAACAGAGUCGAGUGUCAGAUGUUUCGCCAUCAGUGACUGUAAGCGAAUAAUGUUUCAAGCUCCUUCAGUCAAUCGAGGACUUGCUGAACAGUUGUAUUGAAUCAAAAAAGGAAUAAAGAGUUCCUAAUCUUUUUAAAAAUUUUGAAAGUAUGAUCCUCCUGUGGAGCAACUGUGUCAGUAGCCAAGUCGAAGAGGAAGGUCUGCUCGUGGUGCUGUCCGUCGCCACGGCCACUCUCGCCUUUUUCCUUAACCUCCUGCAGCUAAUCGUUAUCGUACACCAGCGCUUGCUGUACUAUCACAAGAAUCUGGUAGUACUGCACUUCUGCCUUUGCGGCCAGCUCUCCUGUGCACCCGUUCUUUGUGGACUAAUCGUGGCACCGCCCCUUUCUUCCUCUGCUCUGGCUCCAGUUUUGCACUUGUUAUCUCUCUUCACCUUCGCGCCUCUCAUCACUUUAUUAGUGCUCCAACAGCAUCCACUGGGCCGGCCACCCCGGGCCCUCACUUUCCUUCUGCUGCUUGCCUGGUGUCAAGCCCUUCUCAUUUCUUUAGUACCCCUGACCGGAUGGUACGGUACUCGUCCCGCUUCCUUUGCUGCCCUACUGUGCGCCCUCUAUUUCCUACAUUAUCCUCUCGUCCUCAUCCUACUUGUAGACUUAUGUCUGAAAAGGCGAUCCAACAGAAUAGGCGUAGUGCCCGACGUCGAGUCCAGGGGCCAUAUCGUCCAGUCAUCAGCAGUUAAACAGGAUGGAUAUGUCUCGUCAGAGGGCCAUUUACCUGUAUACGUGCAUUUAUCGUCUCUAUCUCCGCAUAAGAAUGAGAAAUUCACAGAGGGUACUUCCUCUGAUCUUAAAUCUUUGACUUCCAAUGACUUCCCAAACAAGAAGAUUUGUUCUGAUCCACGCGACCAGCCAUUCCGGAUGCGCAACGACAUUCUCCUCGUAUGCCUGUGGUCGGCUUGUACACUGCCCUUUUUUUGUCAGACAGCCCUCAUGGCGGGGAAUUCCCAGCAGGACUUCUGCGACGCACUGUUCUCUAAUGAACGCACCGCCCUUUGGACUUCUUGGCUGACGAUGUUGUUUGCAGCCAUACGUCCAGUAUUCCACACUCAAUUGGAGGAUGACUUGGGUGAAAGUACAGUGACUUUCAUCAACGUUUUAUGCCAAGUAAAUGAUCAUUUACCUAAUCUCAAUCCUCCAGAAUCUCCUUUUUAGAUGAGUCCCUCAUUUACAUGUGCACCACUUCUCUUAAAAACAAAAUUACGUCCAUUAAAAAAAAAAAAAAAAAAAAACUCAUUCUAUGAACAUUUGAGAACUGUGAAGAUUCACUGACAUGAUCAAAAAAUAUAUUUUUGUGAGUAUCAAAACAGCCUUUCUGUAAUAAGUUUUUGUUUUGUUUGUUGUUGUUGUGCAUCCUCUGAAACUAUUACCCAAAAAUGAACAAUCCUAAUUGAACUUUGUUGUAUCAUACCUUCAGGUACUUAUUUGAAUUUUCAUUUUCAGCGAAAUUCGAUGAUAUUUGCUUUAUGAUCUAAAAUACUGCAAACUGACGACGAUUAUAUGAAACUAAGUAUUUCUGGCAAAUCUAUAUAGUUGAAUGAAAUAGAGAACCAUUAUCAACACCGUAAAAUUUCAAGUAUGCAAAAACAUUUCUUACGCUGGAUUUUUAUUCACUUUUAUUAAUUCGACUUUAUAUUUUUCAGAAAUAGUAUUUAGUAAUCGAUUUUUCAUUCAUUUACUGAUGGGCAAACUCUUCCUUAUUAGCACAAGAUAUUGUUCCGAAAUCUCAAUGACGUUCUUUGAUAUUCUGAAUGUUGAGCAAUAUCGUGAGGAUCUCGCAAUAAUGUUACUUGGUAUUUCGUGCUAAUAGGAUUGUGUGUUCUCGGUAAUAAUACACCACUGCAAUAUUUAUAAAACUUAAUUAUAAAUGAAUUAAUUUUUAUUUCCCUCGAAUGGUUACGACUAGAAAUAAAUUUGGAAAAAAGAAACUGAUUGCAAGAUUCGAUAUUAUUUAUAACAAUAAAUUUUAAAUCAGACUAAAAGUAGAAAAUAAUUAUAAAAGUAUCCUAAUUUUUACUACAUAAUAAGUGCUUUUUAAAAACUGUUUUUAUACUUAAAUUAAUUUUAAUCUUAUAAAUGGUUUGUUACGUAAAGGAUUGAAAUGAGUGCAAUUUUGACAAGAAAACAGAACAUACUCGGAUACAAUUAACAAUAGUAAACCUAUAAAGCAUUGGAUGUUACGUGCCUGAAUGUAAAUAAAUACUCUUGGAUUAAGCAGACAACCUGGAAAUAACCCCCAAAAGUUGGCUCGUUAUUUCAUGACAAAUUAUUACGGAAAAAAAAAAAAUCGUUGGAGAGCUUCUUUGCUGCGCGACGCAUUCAACUAUUAAGUCAACCAAUCCAAUAUUUAUUUAUUUUUAAAUGUAAGGAAGGUCUUUAAAUAUGUAUUGAGAUUAUUUAUUAAAUGCAUCAGGAGUGGAUUAUUGUUGAAGGAAGCCAUUCUUGGUUCUUCAAAGGUAGCAUUAAGAACAUUUUUCGUGCCUGUGAAUUAAUUCGACAACCCUUUUCGGCAGAAACAACUAGCUUUUUAAAAAUGCCACAUUUCUUAAAAUUGAACAAAUGAAGUUGGGAUGAGAAGGUAAGUAAAAUAAACAAUUGAUUGAAUGCUAAUAAGCGCUUGCAUAUUUAAAAACAAAAAUAAGUGUAAAAAUUUUAAUAUAAAAAUAUAUUUAUAUAGAAUUUUGCAGCAUUCAAAAUAUUUUUAACUUGUUCAUUCCAUUUUAUUUUUCAAUUAAAAUGAUAAUAUUUAUUAUUCGAAACAAUUUUUGAAUCUCAUAGCUUCUCGGAAAAUUAACAGAAUUUCAAUCUCUGUCAAUAACGAGAUGAAUGCGAGCAUGCGCGUGCGCACUUUUUAGAUUUAGAACACUAUCCAAUUUGGCAGAGGUUUAUCUCGAAGGAGAGGAAUAAGCAUCUUGGAACAAUUUUUUGUGACAUUUUACUUAAUUUUAGUCAGUAAAAGUUUGCCGAAUUUUUGUCGGUUUUUCACCAUGACUUCUGGAGUUAUUGUAGAACAAAAGUGAUUUUUAUAUCAUCUUAAAAUUUUUAAAAAAAUUAUCUUCUCAAUGAUAUCAGUUUAGUUGUAAUAUAUUUUUAAAGUCUAUUUUUAAUUAAAUUUACAUAUAUUUUUAAACGUAUUUUACAGCAAUAUAUAAUUACUCUGUUACAAAGAGACUCAAAUCAAUUUUUUAGUUGAU